GCGAAGAGACAAUUUGUGUGCGACGAAAUCGGCCAUUAUAGUCGCGUCGUUCUUGUAUUUUUGUUUAAUAUAAAUGUUUUCCAUUAUCUAAGAUGCCGAAAAAUAUUACUAGUGAGGUUCGUGAAAUAAUCCUUAAGGUUAAAGAGUUCAUGGACGAAGAGAAACGAAUGCAAGCUCCAAUAAUUCCACUUAGUAAAGUGUACGUCAGAGUUUCGGCUGCCACAGGUGUUUCUGAGCGUACAGUACUAAACAUUGUAAAAGAAGCUAGAUUAGUGGAACAGGGUCUUCUUGAUCCAGAAACUUUGAGGAAAACACCUAAGAAAAGAGUGCGGACUAAAGGAAAAAUUGAAGUGGAUGAAUAUGAUUUGCAAGUGAUUAGGAGAAAAAUUCAUGAGUUUUAUGCAUUCAAGAAAGAAGUACCAACAAUUAAUAAAUUGUUACAAAUACUAAAAGAAGAAAUCAAUUUCAAGGGUUCUAGAGAAACACUUCGCAAAAUUUUACGCAAAAAUGGAUUUCAGUUUAGGAAAUCAAAACAUGUCAAAGAUAAGGAACCUGCAAUGGCAUCAACAUCGGCAGUUCCUCCAUACAUUCAUACAAUGUUUAGUCAUAAGCCUUAAGCUAUUAAUUUAUUAUACUUUAGGAUCAAGUUACUUUAGUAGUAGUUUAACCUAUAUUACAUUAUUUUAAUGUAUUGUUUUAUAAGUGUAUUGAUU